GGGCGGGGCGGCGGCGGCGGCAGCGGCGGCCAGGCGGCUGAGGUGGCUGAGGUGGCCGCUGGGGCUCAGGCGGCGGGCGCGGCCGGGAUGGCGAAGAGCAACGGAGAGAAUGGGCCGCGCGCGCCCGCGGCCGGCGGGAGCCUGUCGGGGACCCGGGAGAGCCUGGUCCAGGGCCCCGACGCCGCAGCCGCCGACGAGCUCAGCUCUCUCGGCUCCGACUCCGAGGCCAACGGCUUCGCAGAGCGCCGCAUCGACAAGUUCGGCUUCAUCGUGGGCUCGCAGGGCGCCGAGGGCGCGCUGGAGGAAGUCCCCCUGGAGGUGCUGAGGCAGAGGGAGUCCAAGUGGCUGGACAUGCUCAACAACUGGGACAAAUGGAUGGCCAAGAAGCACAAAAAGAUCCGUCUCCGGUGCCAGAAGGGCAUCCCACCUUCUCUGCGGGGCCGUGCUUGGCAGUACCUGUCAGGAGGCAAGGUCAAGUUACAGCAGAACCCUGGAAAGUUUGACGAGCUGGACAUGUCCCCUGGGGACCCCAAGUGGCUGGAUGUGAUUGAGCGUGACCUGCACCGGCAGUUCCCUUUCCACGAGAUGUUUGUGUCCCGGGGGGGUCACGGCCAGCAGGACCUGUUCCGUGUGCUGAAGGCCUACACGCUGUACCGACCUGAGGAGGGCUACUGCCAGGCCCAGGCACCCAUUGCCGCCGUCCUGCUCAUGCACAUGCCUGCUGAGCAAGCCUUCUGGUGCCUGGUACAGAUCUGUGAGAAGUACCUUCCUGGCUACUACAGUGAGAAACUGGAGGCGAUCCAGCUGGAUGGGGAGAUCCUGUUCUCGCUGCUGCAGAAGGUGUCACCGGUGGCCCACAAGCACCUCAGCCGGCAGAAGAUCGACCCACUGCUCUACAUGACAGAGUGGUUCAUGUGCGCCUUCGCACGCACCUUGCCCUGGAGCUCCGUGCUGCGCGUCUGGGACAUGUUCUUCUGUGAAGGAGUCAAGAUCAUCUUCCGGGUGGGACUGGUGCUGCUGAAGCACGCGCUGGGCUCCCCCGAGAAGGUCAAAGCCUGCCAGGGCCAGUACGAGACGAUCGAGCAACUGCGGAGCCUCAGCCCCAAGAUCAUGCAGGAGGCCUUCCUGGUCCAGGAGGUGGUAGAGCUGCCCGUGACAGAGCGCCAGAUUGAGCGUGAGCACCUCAUCCAGCUGCGGCGCUGGCAGGAGACCCGAGGUGAGCUGCAGUGCCGCUCCCCGCCCAGGCUGCAUGGCGCCAAGGCCAUCCUGGAUGCAGAACCCGGCCCCCGGCCUGCCCUGCAGCCUUCACCGUCCAUCCGCCUGCCCCCAGAUGCCCCGCUCCCCAGCUCCAAAGCCAAGCCCAAGCCACCCAAGCAGGUCCAGAAGGAGCAGCGGAAGCGGACGAAGGCGAGUGGGCAGCUGGAUAAGACCCAAGCCCCAAAUCAAGCCACGGUGGUGGCCGCUGCAGGAGACGCAUGUCCCCCACAGGAUGUGUCCCCAAAGGACCCAGCACCCCAGGACCCGGCACCCCAGGACCCAGCCCCUCAAGACUCAGCUCCCCAGGACUCAGCCCAUCACCACUCCCAGGAGAGCCUGACGUCCCAAGAGAGUGAGGACACCUACUUGUAACCCUGGCAGCUCAGGCCUCCAGGAUGGGGUCUCCACACACCUACAUGAUUCAUGGACUGACACUCUGGGCCCACCCUCUGAGGGCCCAACCGCCUGGCUGCUGAGCUGGGGGAGAGUCUGGCUGGUCCAGCACAGAUUCUGCCUGAGCCUCCUUAUUUAUUUUCUCUAGAGUGGAGCUCGGGCUGGCCCAGCCAGCAGGCAGAAGCUAGGGCUGAGAGGGUGGGGCCUCACUCAGCCCCCUCCUCCUAGGGGGAUGGUCCCCAGGGCUAGGGCGCUGGCAUGAGGUGAGAGGGUGGGGUGUUCUUUGUGUAAAAUAGAAACAUGGUUUUGGUUUUGUACAGAAAUAAACAGGCUUGUGUAGA